AUGGGCGCCGGAACCAGAGGGGGUGGGGCUACAACCCUCCUUCCGAAUCAGGUCGGGUACGAUUGGGCUCUCGAGUCUCGACUGUCGAGGAGCCUAGUGUGGUGCGUUGCGCGGCGGCUGCCGGAUGGUGGUGCUGGCCUGCUGGGCUACGGCGGGGCAGGGGCAGGCAGGGGCAGGGGCCGGGGCCGGGGCCUGUGUAGACUGUCUCCUGUGCCCCCGCCUCCUCCUCUGCGCGCGCCCAUCUUCCCCGCGAAAGCUGCAACCGCCACGCUGAGAAACCCGCCGGAUCUCGACGCGGCCGACCAACGACGAGCUGGCCCCGUCACCGCUCCUGCGGCCGCCGCCGCCCCCGCCCCAGCCGGGGGCGACCAUUCCCCGGCCUUCUCGUUCAGCAUCUGGCCGCCGACGCAGCGCACGCGGGACGUGGUGGUGCGGUGCCUCGUGGAGACGCUCGCGGGAGACACCGUCCUUUGCAAGCGCUACGGCGCCGUGCCGGUCGCCGACGCCGAGCCCGCGGCGCGCGCCAUCGAGACCGAGGCCUUCGACGCCGUGGCCGCUGCGGGAGGCGCCGCCGCCUCCGUGGAGGAGGGGAACGAGGCGCUGCAGUCCUACUCCAAGGAGGUGAGCCACCGCCUCCUCGACUUUGUCAAGUCCCGCUCCGCGGACGCCAAGGCCGACCCGCCGUCGGCGGAGGCCCUGGCCCCUGACGCGCCCGAGGCCAGUCCGCGCGUUAGCGCCAGACAACCAGUCAUUCCUUCUUCUUCCAUGGAUGUCUGA